AACCAAAACAAAAAUUUCAUUUCCCCUCUCUCAUUCCUUUUGAAAUUUGAAAAACCCUGCGGAGAGAGCAUCUAAAAUACUCUCAUAUAAUCUCAUUCACACCCAACGCCGCAUCCGAAAAAAUAAAAUCAUCUAUCUCCUCUUGUGCUGUAGGCCACCAGAUUUCUGAUUGAAUGGAUGACCUUCCUGAUGCUCUUGUCCAAUACAUUACAUCGUACAUGAGCAAUGCCAAGGAUGUGGCAUGUUGUAAAUGUGUCUCGAAGAGGUGGAAGGACUCGAUGCCAUAUCUGAAGAGCCUAUACUUUCCUCGGAACAUUUUUGAUAACCUCACAGCAGGAAACACACCUGAUGGCGUUAUAAUGCAGAUGGUGUCUUCAGUUUGUCAACUAGAGACACUUGUUGUUUAUUGUCCUUUCACGAGUGUCGGCCUUGAUUCAUGGCUAUCAGUACAAGGAUCAUUUCUGAAGAAUCUUGAGCUUCGUAUGGACAGUCUUGGAGACCAAUCCUUUACUGAACCCCCCUCUAAGUUGGAUUGUUUAAGGGCUGCAUCGAAUGUGGAAUCACUUAGGCUUUGGGGUGUUUUAAUGAUACAAUCCCCCAAUUGGGAUUCUUUUGUGAAGCUGAGGAAUCUUGAAAUUGUUGGUGCAAAAUUGGAGGAUCCUGCAUUGGCAGAUUUACUCAAGGCAUGUCCCAACUUGACAGACCUUUCUUUAAUUGGUUGUGAGGGAUUGAGGUCUGUCUCUAUCGAGCUUCCACAGCUGCAACAGUGCAAGCUCGAUUUUUAUGGUUUUGGUGAUUGUUCACUUUCUCUUACUUCUCCCAGACUUGAAUCCCUUGAGGUUCAAGGUUGUGGCUGGCUUCGGGUUCCUGAGACCAAAUUUUUGAGGACCCUCUGUAUUGCCAACAAUGCUGGGAGAGUUUACAUGAUUGAUUUUGGAAAGUUUUCUGCCCUCGAGUCCUUGUCCAUUAGAGGGGUGCAAUGGUGCUGGAAUGCAGUAAGUAAAGUACUCCAACAGGCAAGUGAAGUAAAAGAUCUUUACAUGAAGGUGGAAUUUACCGGUGAUCAUGAGGCUCUUCUUCCCUUCCCAGAGAUCGACUUUGUUGAAUUCUUCAAUAAUCAUCAGAAGUUGCAGAAAUUUGACAUUCAUGGUGCAAUGUUUGCUGCUCUCUGCCAGAAGAACAGCCUAAGACAUAUUGAUUCAACUUUUGUAAUUCCAUGUUUGGAGGAGGUGGUGGUCACAGUCAGAUCCCCACUUAAUGCAGAACAGAAAAUGAGCACUCUCGAGUCUUUGCUCAAGUAUGGAAAGAAUCUAAAGAAGAUGACUAUAAAGAUUCUUCAGAUGAAGAGCAAUCACAGUAGUGCAGAUGACUUUUUUGAAGAGAUUUGCAGGUUCAGAUACAUGAAUCGCCAGAUUAUUUCCAUAGAAUAAACAAAUAUACAAACCUUUUUAGAUCUCAUAAUUUCCCCAUUAGAAAUCAUUGCUUUGGUUCCUAUUUCUCUAAAUUGUAGAGAUAUAGACAAAUUUUAGAACAUUUUGCCCAUUAGAAAUAUUUGCUUUGUUUCCUUUCUCUAGAUUGGUAGAGAUAUAGACAAAUAUUAGAACCUUUCUAGAUCUAAUGAUUUACACAUUGGAAA